CGCACGCACUCACGUUCGACCGGAAAGUCGAACACCGGCACAUCACUCGCAUUCACGACCAUCAUGGCGCUCGGACUUGAAGGCUACGGCAGCGGUAGCGACAGUGAUAGCGACAACGAGACCACGCAGGUCGCACAGCCCGCCAAGUCUACUGCACCCCAGGCGUCUUCCUCAGGCUCAAAGCUUUCCCUCCCCCCACCGAAGACCACGCAGGCUCGCACUGGAACCAAGAAGGUUAAGAUUGGACUUCCCUCUCUGAAGCCAGCAGCGGAAGAUGAAGAUGAUCUGGAGAGCGAGAAGCCCCCAGCAAAGAAGCCUCGCCUUGCGCCAGGUGCGGCGGGAGGACGGUCGGCGCUGCUGUCCAUGCUGCCUGCGCCGAAGGAGAAGAAUCCCAAGCCACCAGCUCCAGAGAGGGUACUUGGAGGCGGCCAAGGGAAAGGCUUGGUAUUCCAUAGUCGCCCGUCCGCACCAGCAGUGAACGCGGAUGACGCAGACGAAUCCGCGGCGCCUGCUGCAUCGAAGCCAAUUCCGGAGUCCAAAUCGACAUCGGAUUCGCCUGCACCACCUACAUCCACCCCGAUGUUCAUGCCAACGAACCUCGGUGGCAAGAGAAAGGCCAACAUCUCCCUUGAAGAGAACGGCGUCAGCCGAUCGGCCGCCAAACCACCUCCCAUAUCCGCCGCACCUCCGGUCGACUUCUUCUCCCUGGGCGCAACCUCUCGCCCCCUGCCUACCGCCGGAUCCUCCUCCACUGCUUCCUCUUCCUCCCCCGCCGCCCCCUUGGUCCCCUCCCGCUCCGCCGCGCCUGAGAUCCCCACCUUCCAGCCCCCCGAGCCCACGCCGACGGACCCCUACCCGGGCUACUACCAGCUCCCCUCCGGCAAGUGGGAGGCCCACGACCCCGCAUUCUACCAAAAGUUCUACAAAAAGUGGCAGGCCGAGUACGACGCGCACGUGCGCGCGCUCGAGAAGGGCCAGGUGCGCGGCUUCGAGGACAUGGACGAGAGCCAGAUGGGCGAGGUCGACGCGGCGGCGGAGAUGGAGCGCGCCAAGGUAGAGGUGAAGCUGCGGGAGGAGCGCAAGGCGCUGUCGAGGGGCGCGGCGGCGUUUACGGAGCAGCCGAAGAUGAAGAUCACGGCUUCGAAGUUGUCGGGCGUUGCGCGGUCGAGGCAUCAGCUUGCGACGAUGCUUCACGAGGCGUACAACAACCGCGAGGCUUUGGAGGAAAAGAUCGCGGAAGGACGACGCAACCGGAAGGAAGCAGGCAACAAAUACGGUUUCUGAGCUAUCACUUGUGUCGGACUUACGACGCACUCUUUACUAUCGUCCACUACGCGCUCAUGUGCAAUUGAAUACAGCAAACAUAUCUAAUGCUCGCGACCUUCUGCUUCCUUGCGGAAGAUAUCGAUCAGUCCAAUGAGCUUUUACCUGCC